AUGCAGAAUACGCCUACGAAUAGCCAAUCUACUCCACUCCCAACAAUCCGUAAAUGGAAAACACCCGAGCAAGUCUUAUCAGAUACUCAUACUAGAGGGUUCGAGCCAGUUCAAGUAUAUGUAACAACUAUUGAUGCUCGCAGUGUUGGGAAGCUUCUCAGACCUCUUGCAACCAGGUUUCCAUUGGAUUCAUCAUUGCACCAUUUGAAACGAGUCCGAAAAUUAGACCUACCAGCAAAGGAUACUGAAGCUGUGUCAAUGGAUGGGAAAGAACAACAGAAAAUACAAGUCAUUCUUGCACCAGUUGCCGAAGCUUGUAUUGAUUCACUCGAAUUGUUUUUAAAAGAGUUUGAAGUAGCGUUUGAUCCGAUUGAAGAGCAAAUGGUAUCAAAAUGGCCUGCCUAUACUCGAGCACAAUUCGAUGAUUGGAAACAGUAUUGGCCUAUGAGUUUCCAUAUUAGCAGAACUGAAAAUUUUGCUUCAUCAUUAGAUUUGUAUAUGCAGCGUGCAUCCAUCCAUAUGGCUCAUGCAUUCCGACUUCUCGACACAUGUUCAGAUCCAUCUGGUUCAUCUGUGGAUGCUAAAUGUCAUCAAGCAGCAGCAGUUAUGGUUGAUCCGAAAAAGAAUGCUGUGAUUGCUGUGGGUAUAGAUGGACGACAUGACCGUCAUCCCCUUGCACACGCAACAAUGGUAUGCAUUGAAGCUGUUGCUGUAGCCGAGCGUGCUCGUCGAGAAGCCUUGUCAGCUCGGUCUGUAUCCACUUUGAAGUCGAAUGAAUUUGAAUCCAAUCGUGUCAAGGACCCACUGCAGCACACAGUCAAACGGAAAUACGAUUCGGUAGAUGAAAAUAUGAAAUCGAAUGAAACCACUGUUGGUAAUGCAAUGAUGGAUACAGACGGGACUGCGAGUGGACGUGCAGAUUUGGAAGGAUAUCUUUGUUCUGGACUUGACAUGUAUUUAACACGAGAACCAUGUGCAAUGUGUGCAAUGGCAUUGGUUCAUUCACGAAUAGGACGGGUGUUUUAUGGUGAGCGACGAGAAUAUGGUGCACUUGGAUCAGCCUACAAACUUCACGUUCAUCCAUCCAUCAAUCACCACUAUCAAGUAUUUCGAGAUUUUGAGCCAGUCAAGGAAGAAUAA